UAUAGGGUAAAGCUUGUAGGACAUUAUCCAGUUGAUAACAGCUUUAUCUCAAGAAGAAGAAGAAUCUGCAGCUAUGCGUCAGUAUUAUCUUUGUCUUUUUAUUGGUCUUCUGGCGGUUGCAUUCCUCCAGUCUGGUGUAAGGGGCAACAAUGCCAAUUUACCAUCUGAAUGCUGUUUUAAUCAUUAUGGGAGAAAACUCCCCAUUGCUAAAAUUGAUUCCUACAUAGAGACAAGAGUGGAAUGCACCAAACCCGGAGUCAUUUUUGUCACAAAGAAGGGUUAUCGUAUCUGCGUGGAUCCUCAGCUGAGCUGGGUGAGGAGUGCCAUGAAAGCAGUCGAUGAGCGUGAUCUUUAGUGAUGCUGCUGUGGUGAUGAU